GAGAGGCGAGGGAGGAAGUGUUUACUCGAGCUGACCAGGAAUAUAGUGCAUAUAUGGUGGAUGACACUGGAGGAAGAAGGUUACUGCAGGACACGCUGUGUUGGCUCUGCUUUAUCAGCUAGUGGCCACGCUCAGCUGAUCUCUGGACUCUGGGAUUGAGCAACACGAGAGGCGGACAGCUCUGAAAUCAGUGAGAAACAAAUGCAGGAUGUGAAGCCACAAAUUUUGAGCAAAGUCACUGAAAAACUAAAAAGAAAGUCCAAAACAGACAAAACAGCAGCUUCGAAACAGCAAGAACAGUUAAAGAUUGAUAGAGGCUACAAUGGCGGACAGGACUUUUUGUUUGAGGUUUUGGGGAGGAGUAUGAAAGACUGGAGAGCCGGGGGUGGGGGGGUCAGAGGCGGUGACCUGGCAGAGAGCAAUUGUGGUGACAGCCAGUGCCAGGGGACCAGAACUCAUGUGAAACACAGAGGGAUUAAAAGCUAAAAGACAGAAAUAAGAGGCAGACCGGAGGGGCCCAAACUGGACUUCAGUAUGGGUGUGAAGGGCAAGGCUGCUGCAGCUAUCUUGAUUCUGCUGCUGUUCCUCGGCUCGCUGUGGCUACAGGGUGGUUUGGAUUAUCACUGGGAUUCUUGCAUAAAAGCUUAUAAUCAAGUAAAUCAGCUUCACCAGCUGUCCAACAGCAGUGGGGGCGAUGGGGCUGAGAGCCAGCUUCAGAUGUGCCCUGGUCAGGCCUUCCAGGUGUCACUUCUGCUCUCCCACCUGCUGGCUGCGCCAACGUCCAAAUCUGAUGUGCUGCUGCAGCCAUAUCUGUCCAGCUGGGAUGAGCUCAUGAAGUUCAUGGAUUCUCUGGGGCCAAUGGUAGGACUGAUAUCUAAAGAGAUAGAAACUAAGACCUCAAUAAUCCGUCAACUGACCAAGCUGACAGAGGGGAACCCUGAAGCAGAGCUAGGCCCAGAUCAACAUUCCAUAAACUCUGUACAGACACAGGGUGGGACAAAGAAUAAGGCCUCGCUGGACACUGGUCCUUACCGCUCUGUGCGCUCUAUGAUUUUGAUGGAGCUGGAUCAAGGCCUUGUGAGCUUCCACCACCUGACAGACUCUGGAUGCCGGACUCUUCUGCGCCUGCAUCGCGCUCUGCUUUGGCUGAAGCUCUUCUUGGAGAAGUUGGCCGAGACACCGGCGGAAGGCCGACUCAGGAGUCCCUCUGACCUGUGUCGUGAGGCCUACAAGAGCACCCUCGCCCACCACCAUACCUGGUACGUGCGCAAGGCUGCUGAGCUAGCCUUCAUUGCCCUGCCAGAGCGGAGCUUCUUUUUCAGGCUGGUGUGUGUGCAGAACCAGGAGGAGCUGAGCAAACUGCUGAGCAGAGUGGUUCAGGCCAUCGAAGAGGUUUAUGACAGGACACAGAAAGCUCUGGAGGAAAAUGGCAUGCUGGACUUGCCAUAGAAAUAUGAGAUAAUCAAACUGGACAUAAAACCACUGCUACUCUUUUACCAUGUUUUGGACUGUCCUUCUGGUACUGUAUGUAUCCUUGGCAUCAUAAAUCGGACCACUUUUUCAUCCAGAGCUCACCAUUUUUCUACUGACCAAAGUGCUGUGUCAACAAUCAACACAUAACAUCCAAUCUGAGUCAUUGCUUAAUCAGAUUUAAUGAGAUAAUAUCUCAAACUUUUUUAAGGCCUUUGGUGAUGUAUUCAGACUGUGAAUUAUUUAGGCAGGUGGGCACAGUUACAUGAGUAAUCAUAAAUUUUUGUAUAGCACAUGUGUAACUGCUAAUUCAUUUCCUAUAUUGAAAAGAACUGCUGUUUUAAGUGUUGUUGAUCUAGUAAGUUACAUCAUAACUAUCUUGUUGCUCUAAAAUCUUCGCGAGACCAAAUAAAUUAGAAAGUUACUGCUUCACAGCGACUGCUGUGUAGAGUAUUAACCUGACAUUUUUAUAUACAUGGGAAGUUCUUUUUUGUAUCAUGUCCAGAAUGAUUCAUUAAAACAAGAAGACAAUCCAUUUGA